AUGCUUUUGAACAGGUAACUAGUUAUGUUAAAACGUUUUUACGAUGAAACCACGAUGAAACCCCGAUAAAACAAUGAAACCACGAUGAAACGGCGAUUCAUCGUCGACGAAACCACGAUGAAACCACGAUGAAAAAUGUUUUAAAGUUUAAGUUGCACACUUUUUCCACAAUUAAAAUUUUUUUAGUGCAGUAAAAGUCUGCACUUUUUAAAUUUAAAUUGCAGUGUUUUAUUACAUUUUUAAGUUCGCGAAAUGUUUUGUAUCGUGCAUUUACCGAUGCAUAGUACUGAUCAAAAUUUACAAGGAUUUGUAUGAAAAAUGGUUAAAAAAGUCUGCAGUUAAGAAUUUUAAGUUGCAGUGUUUUACUGCAUUUUAAGAAUCGUGAAUUAUUUCCACCUGUGUAACGACAAAUGCAAGCGACAAAUCAAAAGUUAUAAUCUGCGGACCGCACAGAAAACAAUAACAAACUGUUCUUUCUUUUUUCUGUCUUUCAGUUUAUGGGGAAAAUUUGGCGAACGCCAAAACAAGCCCGUGACCCACUGCAUUACACAACCAGCUGACCUCUUCAGAAUCCUGGACGAUUCCUCCUUGUUUAUCUCUGCCAUACGUAUUUGCUCCGAAGACGUGAUGGAGAUCGUGACAACCACCGCGGAAGAGGAAUAUGAACGCAGCUUUAAAACCAACGUGUUCGUGGCGGCGUUCACCACAUCACUAGCCAGAUUGAAACUCUACGAGGCCCUUGAUUUUCUAGGUGACCGAUGUCUGUAUUACGAUACAGACUCGGUCAUUUACAAAACCAAACCGGGCCAGGAGAAACUUCCACUUGGCAGGUACCUCGGGCAAUUUACAGACGAGCUGGGAGGCGACAGCAUCGUAGAAUUCUGUAGCAGCGGUGCCAAAAAUUAUGGCUACCUAACCAAUAAGGGCAAAGUCGAGUGCAAAGUUCGUGGGUUCACACUCAAUUAUGAAGCACUGCAGACCUUAAACUAUUACACGAUGCGCGACAACAUCCUGAAAGAACUGGACGAACCCCUUCAGCAGCGCAGAGAGAUGGCUAUCACCAUUCCUGAUUUCUUUGAACGCAAUAACGAAACCAAGAAAAUUAAACUGACUGAUCGCGUCAAGAAAUACGGGCUUGUCUUUGACAAGCGCGUAAUCGAUCCCGCCACUCGCGUUUCCACCCCCUAUGGGUAUAACUGGUUCGGUGGUGAUAUUGAUCUGCUCUUAUCAUUGUAAAUAGUUUUUUCUGGAAAAUUACGGUUUGCUUGGUAGCGCCAACUUGUAAAUAAAUUAAGUUUGCGAUUCAAAUACGGUUGUGUGGUCUCUGUGAGUAUAAAUAGAAGGGGGAACCUAGAGAAUUCAAUUAUUUUUUCCUACGCAGUACCGACUUUUGAGUAAAAACGUUCUGAAACGUUUUUUAAAGUCAAGAAAAAAGUCUUUCCAAACCUUGCUAUGAUCGCAAGAUUUAGAAAGAACGAGCUGACCGGGAUUUGAACCCGGGUCACCUGCGUGACAAGCAGGGAUACUAAACCACUAUACUAUCAGCCCCUUUCCGAGUCGAUCGACAUAAAUUUCACACAGUGAUUUUAAAUCAGCAAUGUUUUAUUGUAUUAUUGUAUUACAAACAAGACUUCCACUGUAACAAAGUCUUUUCAAGAAAAGACGAAAUGGUGGCUCACGUCAAAAAGUUCCACUCCAAAGCAGCGAAGCGAAAAGUACCUACUGUUUGAUAUGGAUGAAACUUAUGAAAUAGAUAAUAAACUAAAUGAAUGACAAAGUUCCUUUAUGUCCUUUCCUUCUUGUUUGGGUAAAUUUAAACUACGGUGAAAAGUCUCUUGUAAUUGUAAUAGAGCCUCAGGGUAAUCGUAGAUGUUUCUGACUCCAACGAUGGCAGCUUUCUUCACUAGUGUGGGUAAAACGUACUGUUCUUCUGACAUUUCAUCACAUGCGUAAAACAAAUCUUGGUGAGGGUUAUACCAAAACCAAAUGUUUCGCUCCACAUCAUACACAUACACGACUUUGUUGAGGACUUUACUCAUUUCUACUGCCCAGCCUGUUCCGCCCAUGCAAACAUUUUCUUUCUGGUUGAAAACAAGUAAAUGCCAGCACCAUGUAAGCUUGUUUCACCACAUGAUAAUUUCGGUGGAUAUACUGUAAACUGAUUGAGUUGGUUAACUGUUUGUUGAGUCGCUUAGCCACUUGGGUUGUGAGAGGAGUCGCUUCAGCUAAUUGUUGAUGAGUUAAGGGUUGUACGGAGGCUUUUCUUGGAUGACAAGGAGGAAUGAGAACAUUAACCUGCAAACCAUAGUGUCUUGCUAACUUUUCUGCUUCUAAAUCCACUCCAUUUGCGCCACCGGAUAUUACAGUAAAAGCCAUCGUAUUAUGUGUUGAUGAGUAGAACUCAACGUGAGUUUUAUAGAAGACCAUUGACGUCAUUGCCCAGACAUGUUCAAUUCCCAAAGGACUUGAUCUUUUCUGGUGCAUGCAUUUCAUAGUAAGAAACGGCUUUUUGACAAAUUUUGUCCAUCACAUCUUUGUUCAAGUCAAGUAAAUAACGGUUUAAAGUGUCAAAAGUAAGAUCGUGAUAGCUGAUGCCCUGUAUAAUAACUUCAUGUAUAAACUUUUUGUAUCCUUGUAGUAGCGAAGGGUCCAUUUGCUGUAAAAUUUCCUCGAGUCUGUUGGACUGCUCAGUAUUGAUCUUGUGAGGUAGUUGGUCCAUCAGGAAGGAAGCACUGUUGCUUGUUAGCCAAUAACUUAAAAAUUGGGUGAAUAAGUAUGGCACUUAUCCAGUACGUUUUCCUGAAAUUAUCCUGAAUCCAGCCAACCAGAACAUCCAUGACUACUUUGGUAUCGCGCAAGUAGAUAUCCUGGCUCCCGAGCGCCUAUUCCAUCCAGUGUUACCCGUUCGUGAAGGAGGCAAGCUGACCUUUCCUCUCUGCAGAACCUGCCUGAAAGAAGAAAUGGUCAAACCAUUGCUUGAACGAAGCAACAUGUGUGCCCACAGUGAAGCAGAGCGAAUGCUGCGUGGUACCUGGUGUACCCCAGAACUCCAAAAGGCCGUGGAAAAAGGUUACACCAUUUUGAAAAUACAUGAAGUUUGGCACUUUACCGAACAAGACAGAUGCACGGGUCUCUUCGCAGACUACGUAAACACGUAGCUAAAAUUAAAACAAGAAAGCGCUGGUUGGCCCAGUGAUUGCGUUACUCCGGAGCAGAAAGCCGAGUACAUCCGUGAUUACAAGCAGAAAGAAGAGAUCCAACUGGAGCAAAUCGAGGAGAAUCCUGGCCGCAAAUCCAUUGCGAAAAUGCUUUUAAACAGGUAAUUAUCUUUCACAUACAUUUUUAAGUUUCAGACAAAGUCUGCAUGUUAAAAAUUUACGUUGCAGUGUUUUACCGCAUUUUUAAGUUCGCGAAAUGUUUUGUAUCGUGCAUUUACCGAUGCAUAGUACUGAUCAAAAUUUACAAGGAUUUGUAUGGAAAAUGGUUAAAAAAGUCUGCAGUUAAGAAUUUUAAGUUACAGUGUUUUACUGCAUUUUAAGAAUCGUGAAUUAUUUCCACCUGUGUAACGACAAAUGCAAGCGGCAAAUCAAAAAUUAUAAUCUGCGGACCGCGCAGAAAACAAUAACAACCUUAUAAUGUUUCUCGUUUCUGUCUUUAAGUUUAUGGGGAAAAUUUGGCGAACGCCAAAACAAGCCCGUGACCCACUACAUUACACAACCAGCUGA